AUGUUAGAUGUCAAUCUCUUCAGAGAAGAAAAAGGAGGCAACCCAAAAAUCAUCCGUGAAUCUCAACGUCGUAGAUUUGCAAGUGUUGAACUCGUCGAUGAGGUUAUACACCUUGAUAAAGAAUGGCGUCAACGUCAAUUCGAGUUGGAUAACUUGAGGAAAGAUCUGAAUAAGAUCAAUAAACAAGUUUGGAAACUUAUGAAUUCUGGUGAAGAUGCUACUGGAAAGAUUAAAAGCUCAGAGGAGUGUAAACAGUCAAAAGCAGCAAAAGAUGCUCAAGUACAAGAAGCAAAAGAUUUGUUGUAUUCUAAGUUAUAUUUGAUUGGUAACUUAGUUCAUGAUUCUGUUCCUAUUGACAAUGAUGAGGCUAAUAAUUUGGUAGUCCGAACAUGGGGAGUGAAAAGGACAGAACCUAAGUUGAAAAAUCAUGUUCAACUUGUUGAGCUUCUUGGAAUUGCUGAUCUCAAGAAAGAUGCUAAUGUUGCUGGAGGAAGAGGUUUCUACUUGAAAGGAGUUGGGGUACUUCUCAAUCAGGCACUUACCAGUUUUGGUUUCGCAUUCUUGGGAAAGCGAAACUAUACCCUCCUACAAACUCCAUUCUUCAUGAGAAAAGAUAUAAUGGCAAAAUGUGCUCAACUAGACCAAUUUGACGAAGAACUUUGCAAAGUCACUGGUGAGGGAGAUGAUAAGUAUCUGAUUGCCACAGCUGAACAGCCACUGUGUGCAUGUCAUCUAGAUGAUUGGAUCCAUCCUACACAACUGCCAAUAAGAUAUGCAGGAUACUCUACUUGUUUCUGCAAAGAAGCUGGUUCACAUGGUCGAGAUACUUUAGGUAUUUUUCGAGUUCAUCAAUUUGAGAAGGUAGAACAGUUCUGCAUGACCUCUCCAAAUGCUACCGACUCCUGGGAAAUGCAUGAGGAAAUGAUUAGAAACUCUGAGGACUUAUAUAAGGAGCUAAACUUGCCCUAUCAAGUUGUUUCCAUUGUUUCGGGUGCUUUGAAUGAUGCAGCUGCUCCUAUGAGGGAUUAUUUGGCUAAAUCCACUAAAAUCCACAAGAUUUUCCGAGUUUGA